AUGAAGGAUGAAAGAGCAGCUAUCUACUGUGUACAUACAACAAACGAAAUAGGAGACAGCACAGCAGCAACGGCGUGCUUUGUUUACUUUCCGUUAUCUUCUUUCUCGAUCCUCCUGACCACUGCGAGACGAACGAUAGAUAUCUCGAAUUGGCAGUUCAACAAACUUGAACCUAGGCUUGGCCGUGGGAUGCGGAUAGAAAUCAGCAAUCAUGCAACAACGAAGAGAGGAGAUUCUCGCAAAGAAGGCCAAGCUGGCCGAGCUCAAGCGCCAGAGGGAGCUUCGGGCAAGCCACUUGUUUCGCCCAUGCCCGGUCGGCACACCUCGCGACAUGAUAUCGAAAACCUGAUUAAUAGCCUGGUGGGCGACAGCCGCUCCGUGUCUGUCUCGACAGGAAUGAACUCGCCCGCCCGCCGCGGGAGCAGACCGAACAGUGUUUUGAGCGGAGGCGAGCUCAGCAAUGCGGCCACUUCCGAAUUUCAGGUUCCUGCGAAUGCCCAGGUUGUUCCUGCACCAACCCAGCCCCAGAUUCUUUCGACGGUUUCGUUAAAAACAGUCUACGAGUGUCCUCCGUCGCCGGUGAAGGAGGUGUUCUCUUACAGCAAAGGUGUGCAAACGACAGAGGAAUGGAUACCACCAACCAGAGCACGAGCUGCUUCAGACUCGGACCUCGAAGAUACAGUGCCAGCUACGCCCAACAAGCGAUUAAGCAGGAGGGAACGAGACCGAGAGGAGGAACUAAGAGAAAAUAUUCGGAAAGAAAUCGAGGAGGAGUUGAAAGCGGCGAGAGAGCUUGUGACGGAUGGGACGCUGAAAGCUUCAGCCAAGGAGAACUUUCCUGUCCGGGCCUUGACGGCCGAGGAAUUGAAGGCGGUUACACAGUCUGACGAUUUCAUGGACUUUGUCGAAAGAUCAACCAAGGUUAUCGAGAAAGCGCUAGACGAAGAGUACGAUAUCCUCACCGACUACACCCUUCAGGCUGCAAACCUCGACGAUGACGAUGAACAAAGCGGCAACACUGGAGGAAAAGGCCGGCGAAAGGUCAGAGAAAUUGCCCAAUUCUAUGACGAACGCUGGUCCAAGAAACGCAUGAUCAGCUCCAUCGACUUUUCUCCAAAAUUCCCAGAACUCCUUUUGGCAUCUUACACCAAGAACCCCACCGCCCCCCACGACCCGGAUGGCAUUGUGCAGGUCUGGAACAUGCACCUUCAUGACCGCCCUGAAUUCGUCUUUCACGCUCAGUCUGACAUUCUUACCGCCAAAUUCUCGCCUUUCCACCCGAAUCUGAUCAUCGGUGGUGCCUACAGCGGCCAGGUGCUUUUAUGGGAUACGCGCGCUAGAUCAGCGCCUGUCCAGAAGACACCACUCACCGGCCUCGGCCACACCCACCCAGUGUAUUCAGUCGACAUUGUCGGCACCCAAAACGCAAACAACAUCAUCUCAUGCUCUACUGACGGUGCCGUCUGCGGAUGGAGUGUCGAUAUGCUCACGCAGCCACAGGAGGCAAUGACACUGGUCACUCCCGCGCCCGCCAAGUACGAGGAUCUCAGCCCGACCUGCCUUGCGUUCCCGCAAGCAGACCCGACGUUCUUUCUUGUGGGAUCAGAAGAAGGGACGAUUUAUCCCUGCCAUCGGUAUGAUCGCGCCGGGGCCAAGGCGGGUGUUGAUGCGAGGGUUAGCUACAAGGGCCACGCGGCGCCGGUCAUGUCGGUUGACUUUCACCCUUCCAAGGGCCCGGUGGAUCUGGGCGAUUUGGUCUUGUCUGCUAGUUUGGACUGGAGUGUCAAGCUCUGGAAGGUGAGGGCGCCGGCUGCCACCUCUGCGGUUGUGGCCGCUCUGGGAUCUGCUGUGGGGACCGAGUCACAGGUUACGCCGCUGUUGGACUUUGUCAGGGAGGAUGUGGUGUAUGAUGCGGCCUGGUCGCCGGUGAAGCCGGGGGUUUUCUCUCUUGUGGAUGGUGCCGGGUGGUUGGAGCUGUGGGACAUCACUGUUGAGACGGAGGAACCGGUGGCGAGGAUCAGCCCGAGCGCGAGGAAGGACGGGAGGACGAUGUUGAGCAAGAGUUUGAACAAGGUUGCUUGGGAGCCGUCAGAAGGCAAGAGGUUGGCGACUGGUGGGAUUGAUGGGCAGGUUACGGUGUUUGAGGUUGGGCCGGACCUGGGCGGGAAGGAGAAUCUGAGGAAUGAAGAGUGGACGAGUGUGAAGAAGUUGGUGAACAGGAUCGAGGCGGUGGGGGUGAAUGGGGUUACUGCUGUUUGA